AUGAUUUUCGAUGAUUUUGCCAACUUUGAGGAUGCUUCCGAGGAGUCAGAUGCCAGCGAGCAGUCGGUCUACAUUCAUUAUCCGGAAUCGAAAACUAUUGUCGUGAAGAUGGGCAAGCAGCGUCGUCUUCUCUACUUGGACAACCAGCGGACCACUCCGGCCGAGCGCAGGGCCCGGGCCAUCGAGGCGCAGAAGGCAGCGGCAAUUGUGUACCGCUUGAAUCCGAAUCCGAAAAACACGGUCACCAUAAUAAUCGGCACCACCGAGGUGGUCUGCGACCUGGAUCUGCUGCAGAGCAACAGUGACUUCUUCUGCCGUGGCAAGCACGGCAUGGCCUACGGGCUGCCGAUCAGCGAUGUCAGCGUGGAGGCCUUCAUAUCCAUUUACAAGUGGAUGGCCAAGCCGAACCAGAUCAUCUUGCCGCCGAAGCUGAUGAGCGUGUUCAAGGCGGCCAUGUACCUGAGGAUUCAGGUGCUGAUCGAUCAGUUCAUGGAAGAGUUUAGCGAUCCGAACACGGCACGCGAGGAGAUCGGCUUCCACAUGUACUUCGGGCUGCACAAGAUGAACCUCUUCUAUAUGCCCUUGCCAAAGACCAUGCCUGUGCACAAGUACUUCUUGACCCUGAUUGGCACCGAUGACUACAUCGAUCUCUGGCCGAAUGCGCUCGUCUCGCUGCUCGACUCGCCGUACAUUUGCGUCAACUCCGAGGUGGAGGUGCUCAUCGCGAUCAUUAUCUGGCUGUCCCAUGACUACAAGUCGCGCAGCUCCUACACCGACCAGCUGAUGAACUGUGUGCGCUUCGACAGCAUUCCGCUGGAGGCGUUGCUCCAGCUGCGCCAGAAGUGCUGCAUCAGUGGCAUGGGCCGGUUGCUGUUCUUCCCGGAGUUCGAGAAGUACCUGAAGUUCGCUCCCUCGCACAACAACAACGUGCGCUACUGCAAUCGCCGCAUCUGGGUCUACGAUGAGCUGUGCGACUACCAUCACGACGCCCACUGCCCGAUGCGCAACUACAUCACGUUCGAUCAGUUCGAUCGCUACCAGCAGAAGCUGCGCAAGGCGCCCGAGCUACACUGGUGGCACCGUCAUCAGCUCAAUCCCUAUGUGCACAACUGUCGCCACGAGAAGUGCCGCCGUCUCCCUUCCGCAAAGACGUCAUUAGACACUGAGCUCACCCAUCUAUAG